AAACUAUCAAAAGUUGGCUUUUGUGUCAUUUCCCCAAUAUUCUGCAAUACGACUUUCUUCCAUGAAUCACAAUGGGUUCAUUUGGAAAUAAAGUCAUGUUACCCAAACCCCCAGGAUAUGUCCUCGCCAGUAUCCUAUGCUCAUGCGGGGGCUUGUUAUUUGGCAUGGAUACGGGCAUUAUUGGACCCGUUACGGUCAUGGACAGCUUUACCUCACGAUUCGGCAGCGAGUCCUCAGCAGUACAUGGAUUGAUAGUGUCAUCAAUCCUAAUUCCGGCCGCAAUCUCGUCAUUCUUUGCAGGGUAUCUGGCAGACAAACUCGGUAGACCCACGGGUAUUAGUAUAGGUGCUCUAAUUUUUGGGCUCGGGGCAGCUCUGGAGGCCGCAGCCGUCCACAUCGCGAUGUUCGUUGUAGGACGUUGUGUUGAGGGUAUAGGUGAAGGUCUAUACCUCGGCACCUUGGUGGUUUACAUCUGCGAAAUUUCCCCGCCAGGCGUUAGAGGAGCCCUGACAACAGGACCUCAGUUACUCAUCACUCUAGGACUGGUCAUCGGCUUCUUUACAUGCUAUGGCACCACCCGGCUACAGUCAUCAUUCUCCUGGCGCACACCUUUCAUCAUUCUGGCCUGUUUGGCAGUCGCCUUCUCAGUGGCCUCAUAUCUUUGGCUGACACCUUCACCAAGGUGGUUGACACUUCAUGGCCGAAAAUCGGAAGCCACUGCCGCCUGGGAUCGUCUCGGUGUUAGCCAGGCGGAACGUGAAAAGGUUGAGAUUGAGCAGGACCAAUGUUCUAACAUCCAGGAAGCUGCAACAGUUUCUGGGGAGUGCCCAUCGGCUUCACAGCAUCAGAACCGAUCAUUGAAACACAAGCUUUUGGAUCUGUUUUCAAAAGAUGCACGAGCACAGACUACGCUAGCCGUUUUUCUCAUGGGGAUGCAGCAGCUCAGUGGAAUUGACGGAGUGCUUUAUUAUGCUCCUUUACUCUUUGAGCAAGCCGGGCUUGCUUCCUCAGACGCAAGUUUCUUUGCAUCUGGCAUCUCGGCAAUCGUGAUCUUCGUUGCAACUAUCCCUGCGCUCAUAUGGGCUGACAAAUGGGGCCGUCGACAUAGUGUUAUCUAUGGCGGCAUCGGGCUUAGCAUCACGAUGUUUCUGAUGGGAGCGCUUUAUGCAGGAAAGGCAGUGCAUUCAUCGACUGGGGCAGGUCGAUGGGUGGUUAUAGUCUGCAUCUAUAUCUUUGCUGUGAUAUAUUCCUCCAGCUGGGGCGUCGGAAUUAAAAUAUAUGCAGCAGAGAUACAACCCCAGCGUACUCGGGCAGCGGCAACCAGUCUAGCACAUGGUAGCAAUUGGACCACCAACUUCCUCGUCGCACUAACAACACCGGUCCUGUUGUCAAAGAGUAGUUUCGGUGCUUAUUUCCUCUUUGGUGGUUGUUUAAUGCCGCCUCGCAGGAGAGCGCCGGUCUCUGCGGCCAACCUGCGAUCUGCGCAACCUUCAGAGGCAAGGCUUGAAGCUGCAGCAUCUUCCAGAGCGGGGGCCACGGAUUCCUCUUCAAAACGAAGGCGUCCCUCUCAAACCACACAGCCUUCGAAACCCGAACAGCAUCCACCAAGAGCCGAGGAACAACAGCAGGAUUCGUCGGAGGAGCAUUCGCAUUCUACCUACCGCCACCGCGAUCCAUUCGAUGCGCUUCUUCAGCCGUUCUACUACAACAAAUCUCUCACUGACCCGAUCAACACCGCCAAAGACAAAUGGAAUCUGCUGCCGGCAUUCCUCAAGGUCAAAGGAUUGGUGAAACAGCACAUCGACUCAUACAAUUACCUUGUCGAGGUCCAGUUAAAGAAGAUUGUCGAAUCCAGCUCCACAAUUCGCAGUGACGUCGAUCAUAACUUCUACAUAAAGUUUACGAACAUCUACCUUGGUUUCCCGCGACGUGCGGAUGAGCCGCAAGAUGUCCGGGCCGACUUUUCGGAAUCAACAGUAUCCCCUCAAGAGUGCCGUCUUCGUGAUACGACGUACGCCGCCCCUAUACAGGUCGACUUUGAGUAUGUUCGUGGUCGUCAAAGGGUCAUGAGAAAGGGCAUUGCCAUUGGAAGAAUGCCGGUUAUGCUUCGGAGUUCAAAAUGUGUGCUGGCAGACAAGACACCGGCAGAAAUGACAGUGUUGAAUGAGUGUCCAUUGGAUCCUGGCGGUUACUUUGUUGUGAACGGAACGGAGAAGGUUAUCCUUGUCCAGGAGCAAUUGAGUAAGAACAGAAUUAUCGUGGAGACAGACCCGAAGAAAGAGAUAGUGCAAGCGUCUGUCACAAGUUCUUCCAAUGAGCGAAAGUCGAAAAGUUAUAUUGUGCUUAAGAAGGAUAAACUUUACGUGAAGCACAACGUGCUAAGUGAAGAUAUUCCUAUCGUCAUUCUUUUGAAGGCGAUGGGUAUCCACACCGACAAGGAGAUGCUUCUACUGGUUGCAGGUGUUGACAAAGUUUACCAGGAAGACUUUGCAAUUAACUUCGAGGAAGCGAUCAAGUUGGGUAUCUACACGCAACAGCAAGCUCUAGACUGGAUUGGAGCACGGAUCAAGAUCAAUCGCAAACAGUCGACAUAUCGCCGAAAUCAUGUGCAGGAAGCCGUGGAGGCCAUAGCCUCUGUCAUAAUCUCUCAUAUCGAAGUGAAGAACAUGAACUUCCGCCCCAAAGCCAUUUAUGUUGCACACAUGGCUCGUCGUGUGCUCAUGGCCAAGAAUGAUUCCACGCUAGUUGAUGAUCGUGAUUACCUAGGAAACAAGCGCUUGGAAUUGGCUGGUCAGCUUUUGGCUUUGCUUUUCGAGGAUCUUUUCAAGAAGUUUUGCUUUGAUAUCAAGAUGAACAUUGACAAAGUCCUGAACAAGCGCAACCGAGCUGAGGCUUUCGAUGCCUACAGUGUCAUCACAAUGCAUAGCAACCACAUUACCCAGGGUAUGAACCGUGCUAUAUCUACAGGAAAUUGGAGCUUGAAGCGUUUCCGCAUGGAGCGUGCUGGUGUGACACACGUGCUCAGUCGCCUGAGUUACAUUGCGGCUCUUGGUAUGAUGACGCGUAUUAGCAGUCAGUUUGAAAAGACGAGGAAGGUCAGUGGUCCCAGAGCAUUGCAGCCAUCACAGUUUGGCAUGCUCUGUCCGGCAGAUACUCCAGAAGGUGAAGCAUGUGGUUUGGUCAAGAACCUGGCACUCAUGACCCAUAUCACAACAAACGAUGAAGAAGGCCCCAUACGAAACUUGAUCUUCAUGCUAGGUGCCGAAGACAUCCAGACAGUCGGUGGAAAGGAGCUCUAUGGCCCGGGCUGUUACACGAUUUCGAUAAACGGAACACCGACAGCGCUCACUCGUCGCCCGAAGCACUUCCUUGAUGCCUUCCGAAGACUGCGUCGGAUGGGUCGCAUCUCCGAAUUUGUCAGUAUCUACAUCAAUCAUCACCAGCGAGCUGUCCACAUCGCGACCGACGAUGGGCGAAUCUGCAGACCGCUUAUCGUUGUCGAGAACGGCAAGUCGCGCGUCAAGAAGCACCACCUUGAAAAGCUACGAGAUGGAUCGAUGGAAUUUGAUGAUUUCCUUGCCCAGGGACUGGUAGAAUACCUGGACGUGAACGAAGAAAAUGACUCGUUGAUUGCGAUUUACGAGAAGGAUAUCACAGAGACUACGACUCACUACGAGAUCGAGCCCUUCACUGUCCUGGGUGCAGUUGCUGGUCUCAUUCCUUACCCGCACCACAACCAAUCGCCCCGUAACACCUACCAAUGUGCCAUGGGUAAACAAGCCAUCGGAGCAAUUGCAUCAAAUCAAUUUCUCCGCAUCGAUUCAAUCCUUUAUCUCAUGGUGUACCCGCAGAAGCCCAUGGUUAAGUCUCGCACGAUUGAACUCGUCAAGUAUGAUCAGCUACCUGCUGGACAGAACGCAAUUGUUGCAGUCAUGAGUUAUUCCGGAUACGAUAUUGAGGAUGCCCUGGUUUUAAACAAAGGAUCAGUUGACCGUGGUUUUGGGCGGUGCCAGGUAUUCCGGAAAUAUGUUACCAACUUGAAGAGCUACUCCAACGGCACUAAGGACCGGCUAAGUGGACCGCAGUAUGAGAACGAUGCCCCAAUUCGAAAGCACGCCCUCCUAGAGAGCGAUGGUCUAGCUGCAGUCGGCGAGCAGGUCAAUGCAGGCGAAGUCUACAUCAACAAGUCCACCCCUGAUCAGUCAAUCUCCUCUGGUAUUACCGGCUCGGACGCCGGCCGACCUAUCUCAUAUAUGCCUACGCCCAUGACUUACAAGCUCCCUGAUCCGGCGUACAUAGAUAAGGUCAUGGUUUCUGUGACUGAAAAUGAGAACCAGCUUGUCAAGGUCCUCACUCGCCAAACCCGUCGUCCCGAGGUGGGUGAUAAGUUCUCCUCCCGUCACGGACAGAAGGGUGUCGUCGGUAUCAUCGCCGACCAGGCGGACAUGCCCUUCACCGACCAAGGUAUCAACCCAGACAUUAUCAUGAACCCUCACGGUUUCCCCUCUCGAAUGACAGUCGGAAAGAUGCUGGAACUUGUGGCCGGCAAAGCUGGUGUGAUGGCCGGUCAUCACGGCUAUGGCACCUGCUUCGGCGGCAGUCCUGUCCAGGAGAUGUCUCAGAUUCUCAUAAACAAUGGCUUCAGCUAUGGUGGCAAGGACUACCUCACCUCCGGAAUCACUGGCGAGGCUCUGCCCUUUUAUGUCUUCACUGGUCCCAUUUACUACCAGAAACUGAAGCACAUGGUUCAGGAUAAGAUGCAUUCCCGUGCCCGAGGUCCCCGGGCUAUUCUCACCCGCCAGCCGACAGAAGGUCGUUCCCGUGACGGUGGUCUUCGUCUAGGUGAGAUGGAGCGUGAUUGUCUGAUCGCCUAUGGUACCAGUCAGCUCCUGCUGGAGCGACUGAUGAUCUCCUCCGACCGGCACGAGAUCGACGUCUGCGAGCAGUGUGGCUUCAUGGGCUACCUGAAUUGGUGCCAACGCUGCAAGUCGUCCCGGAGCGUGGUCAAAAUGGCGAUCCCAUACGCGGCCAAGCUUCUCAUCCAGGAACUGAUGAGUAUGAAUGUGACGGCGCGUUUGAAGCUAGAUGACGAGUUCCCUGAAAUGAAGGGAAGAUGAUCCUUGGACGGAAUACCUUUCCGCAAGAAAUAUAUGAAGUGGAAAUAGAAAAAAAGUUCAUAUAAGGCUGGAUGAAAAAAAGCUUGGGAUGCGAAAACGGGCGUUGAGUGUGAUUUUCCCCUUUCCCCCCCC